AUGCACCAGCUGUCCGGCUGGAAGGGCUCCCCCUCAUGGCAGGGUCAAAGACUACUGUGUUCACCCGCUGCGACAGAAGACGUUACAGUGGCGUAUCAGAAUGGCUUGCCGGUGAUCUCCGUACGUCUGCCGUCCCGACGAGAACGCUGCCAGUUCACCCUCAAACCCUUGAGCGACACGGUGGGUGUUCUCCUUCAGCAGCUGCAGGCGGAGGACAGGGGCAUCGAUAGAGUCGCCAUCUACUCUGCAGAUGGAGCAAGAAUAGCGUCCUCUACAGGGAUUGACAUUUUACUUAUGGACAGCUUUAAGCUAGUCAUUAAUGACACAACAUACGUGGUGCAGCCGCCUAGGAGAGAUCUGCUACCGCACGAGGAAGCAGAACGACUGAACGAUGUCAAGCUCUUGGUGCAGCAGCUGUACACCACCCUGCGCAUAGAAGAUCAUCAGCUCACCAAAGAGAGAGAGCUGAUUGGACGACUGGAGGACCUCAACUCUCAGAUCCAGCCCUUGGAGAAGGUUAAAGAAGAGCUGAGUAAGAGAGCCGAGCGCAGGACUACAUGGGUGCUGUGGGGUGGGAUGGCUUACAUGGCCACACAGUUUGGCAUUCUGGCACGGCUGACCUGGUGGGAGUACUCAUGGGAUAUCAUGGAGCCCGUCACGUAUUUUAUCACCUAUGGUACAGCAAUGGCUAUGUACGCUUACUUUGUGCUGACACGUCAGGAAUAUAUUUACCCUGACGCCAUGGACAGACAGUACCUGCUGUUCUUUCAUAAGGGUGCGAAGAGAACACGCUUUGACAUUGAGAAGUACAACAAACUGAAGGAUGCGAUUGCUGAGGCGGAGUUGGAUCUAAAGCGUCUUCGAGACCCGCUGCAGUUGCACCUCCCUGUCCAGCAAAUCAUUGCCAGCAAGGACUGAUGAGAACCUGAACACCCUUUCUGCCUCUCUCUCUCUCUUACUUCAUUCUCUUCUGCCUUUUUGCAUUUUGUUUUCUGUCUCUUUUAUCUCUACAACCUCAAUGAAAAACCAUAUCCACAGCAGGCUUCAGCAGGAGUUUUAUUGUUAUCCUUUUUAUUGUUUUCCUUAAUUUGGCAAGUCUAUGCAGAGGAGAAGAGAUACAAUUAAAUGAAACAACUAAACUCCAUCCCUGAACGGAUGGUGACGACAGAUGCUCUCCUAUCGCACACAGAGAAACGCACAGCUACUUCAGACAGGAAGUUGAGACACUGGGAUUCAACCAGUUCAUCGCUAUGAGACAGUGACCCCACGUCUUGCAUGGGAAACAGACUCUGAAAUCUAAAAACCAUCUGCCCUUGGGUUGAACAGUUUUUUUUUUUCCACAUUGGAGUACUGCUGAUAUCCCUAACUCUGACACUUUUGCAGACGAGAUUUCGGGAUGUGGUGCUCUUUUCCGUCUCGGGAAAAGAUCCGUUUACCAUCAAGCCAGUCCUCUUGUGACUGAAACGCCUGUAUCCUACAGCCUAAGCAAAACCCUCUCCUGAUUCCUUCUCGCUUCCUGUAUGGACCUGUUAAGAGCUGAAGACAGAUCUAACAGCUAAAAUAUCACUGUGUGUUCUAUUAUUCCAAAAAAGAAAAAGAAUCAAAGAAUUUUGGCACUUUUUAUUUUAAAAGCCAUAUUAUGUUUAUGAUGAUAAAAAAAGAGAGAAAUGAGCAGAAACUUUUCUUCUUCUCAUUAUUAGAUUUUUUUGCCACCAUUCCACCAGACAUUACAUAUCUGCAGAUGCUCUGAUAUUUUAUUUUAUGAGAUUCCCAAUAUCAAACGAUGCUCAAAUGCUCCAUCCCUAACGCUUUUUUCUUUAGAAAUAUGAUAUACUCCAUCAGUUUACAUGGUGAUGAGAAACGCACGUACACAUGGUUGCUUGGCAGAUGGAUCCUCUUUAAAGGUCUUCUCUCUUCUCUAUAAAUCAUUUUUCGAACAUCAUCAAAUGACAUUUUCCCACAGUGCCUCACAGCAUCUGCUGCAGCGUGCUUGUUACGAAACACCUGUUUAUCAGACGCAAUCCAAGAAAAUUUCCCAUCGAAUGGUCUUAAGGCAGGUCACUGUGUAAAAUGCAAUUUAUUUUUCUGGAAAAGGGUUCCAGAUGCGAUCAAUUUCCCAUCAGUCAUGUGGCGUUUUUAGCUGCAUAGAUCUGCCUCGAUAUGCCAAGUCUUCUGGAACAUGCAGAGAACGUGUAAUAUAUUAGAUCUAGAAUUAGCGUGUGUUUUGCACACUUCGUGGCAUGCUAUAGAGAGAGAGUGUCGCAUCCUUUGUCUAUGUGUGCUAUCUUUAGCCGACAGGCCUUAGUAAUGAUUCUAGCUGGGUUGAGCUGAUCAUCAACAUUGUUUUCAUUUGUUUUUUUUCCAUGCAUCUUCAGUCCAGUUAUUACAUGAGAUUAUAUAUAUAUAUAUAUAAAUAACCAUUUCCCUGGUCGCCCAGACUUUUUGAAUCUGAGGGAUGUGAAAUGGACUUGACCCUUGUUGUUCUCUAACAAAAGGAUCAUAUCAAGACAAGCCUUGAAAUAGUUUUUUUGGGCAGUUAUCAUGGCCCGUAAUCUUAUUGUCUAUUAUGGGUUUGCCUUACACACUCAGACCCCCGCAGAGAAAUAGCUCUGUUGUUCUAUAGCAGAAGUCUGCUCCUUAUGUCAGACUGUCCAUGUUUGUGCCUGUGGUCGUCAUUAAGCGUUUUUAAAGCCAUAUUCAAGUUGUGUUUGUGUCUCUAGAGGUGGAGGGAUUACAGGGCGAGACUCCAGCCUACAGCUCUGACAAACGGAACAUUUAAGAGAUACUGUAAUUCAUCCAAAAAAAGAAUGUUCUGUGCAACUCAAAAGGAGAAAUUUAGCAGUUCAUUUCCAUACAACAUUCUUACUGACCACAGAAGCCACAAUUAACAGUUUUGAGGGACAGAUAUAAUUUUUUUCUAAACUGUCAAUUGUGUUCAUCUUUAGAUUCAAACGUUGAUGUUUCAUGUUUCAGAGUUGCAGUAAUGGGGAAGAUUUUCAGAAGUUGAUGACUGCAAGGGAUAGUUCAGCCAAAAAUGUACAUUUUGUGUAGGUUUACUCACCCUCGUGUCAUUACUAACCCACAAGACUUAAAUUUCUUUAAAACAGAAAUAAAGAUAUUGUUAACAUUCAGUAAUUCAUUAAUAACAUUUAUUUUGUCAGUGAAGACUUUGACGUGUCAGAAAGUACAAAAACACAUUUGUAUGAAUCAGCUGGUUUAGGUCAAGUUUUCGGAAGAGACUUUAUAUGAUGAAGAGAUUUAAUAUAGGCUUUUAUUAAUGUACAAAUUAAUUAAUUCAAUGCACAUACAUAGAGCGGUGUUGAUCAAAUAAAUUGAUUGUGUUCUCCUCAUGAGACUUGGAUUAAAUCUCUUGAUGCUUAUGGAUUACUUUUAUUACCUCUUUUUUGAUGGAUCAGUGUUUUUGUUGUGUGGAAUUUCAAAGAAUGGACACAAGUGAUGAGAGAAUGUUAAAAAUGUCCUCAUUUGCUGUUUUGAAGAGUCUUAUGGGUUUAGAAUGACUUGAGGGUGAGUAAACAUUGAAAGAAUUUACAUUUUAAAUUUCAGUCUGUUCCUCACAGAAAGCGAUUGUAUUCAGGAAACCAGUAAUAUAGCAUUUGAGUCAUAUAAACAUUUACUUUUUUUUUCUGUAGCUUGACAGACAUGGUCUAAUUUCUGAUCUGGGUUCACUGGACAAAAAAUAAUCCCUUUGGGUUUGGAAUGGCAUUAUGGUAAAUAACAACAGACCUUUUUGGGAAGGGAAAGUGUAAUCCAGGUUAUCAUAAACCAAACGGUGGUUUGCGGAUUUUGCAUGUCUGGCUAAAGUGUAAGUGUUGUGAUGGAGGCCCUUUAACAGUGACUAUUUAUUGUUGAUGAGGAGUUCAGGUCAAUGGUAGUUACUCGGUGUGCUUGAGUGAAUUACAUUGUGAUUUAACACCGCAAGACCUGAACUGUAGGUGAUUUUUAACAGAUAACAGCCUGAUAACUGCAUUAUGUCUGACCCAGCUGCUUUCAGUGGAGAUGCUUCACUCUUUUAUCUGAGUUUGAACAGGGUUUAUCAGACUGUAUGCCCUAUUAACUGAAAUUUAAACUGUGGUUCCAUCACUCCAGUCGUAGCUGAUGGGUACAGGACACAUGCAUAUCUUUUAUUGGUCCUGAAAUAACAUUGAGGCACAGUGCUGAAGCUAAGCAUUAAUCACCCUGAAGGAAAUGAGCAGUUGAUUAUACAAAUGUUCAUAAUCCUUAACCUAAACCUCAAAACUGGUUGAAUGGGAUGUCAUUCUAGGAUCAAUAAAGGAUGUUGAUGGAAGGCAGAAUCAAGGUCGCUGUGCACAUUUGUGACAAUAUGCAGUUGGUGUCAGCAUCUCGUCUCGGACUUCAUGAAUUUUCUAUUCAUGCAUAAUCUUCGUCCAUAGCAAUUCAUCAUGAGCAUAAAAACAUCCAUUCUUCCUCUCUUAUGUGAUCAACAGUCAUAAAUUCAGGCCUAAACACACUCCAAAGUUAUUUCAGGGCAAAAACUCAACCAUCUCACUCUCCAGGAUGCCCAGUACACUGACAUCCCUCGACCUCUAAUAGGUCUUGGGUCUGGUCAUUAUCUGAUACGUUGAACUUCUUUUAGUUUAGUUGUAGGGUUUUCUGUUUGUUUCAGGGUUUUUUAAAUAAUAAUAUAUCAUAUAUAUGGAAUUUAUUCUAAAGCGGGUGUUGCAUGAAUGUAUGUUUACAUGGGGAAAUUAUAUAUAAAUUAAUUAAAAAAGCAAAGAUUAUUAUGAAUGCAGAUUGCAGAGUUCGAUUUUUUUUCCCACCCAAUCCCUCACCCUCCAUGACCCAGCAGCAAGGAUGCUCUCGGCUGCUACACAGGCUCUGAUUGGUCAAGGAUCUCCCCUUCGUUAUGUCUUGUUUUAUCCUCUCUCAGUCUCAAUGCUGCAAUCUAUGCAGUGCUGCCUUUAUUCUGAACACUGAUCUGAGAUCAGAGAGUAUGGAAGACCUGACCUUCUUGAACACCCCUCGCUCCAUCCAUUUGUCCGUCUUUCUUUAACUCCUUAUUA